AUGUCGCAAGUGUCUUCAAAUAAUUCAACUAUGUUUUCUAGCCAUUAUCCGGUACAUUUUCUAGACUUUAACCCACCCACAAGUGAACUCGAGUCUAAUGGAGACUGUAGCCUAGAGCUUGACUUCGCUUUUUGGAUCAUAAACGGUGUAUUCGGCGUUCUUAUCCUGCUGGGAAAUUCCCUAACUUGCGCAACGUUUUUACGGUUCGAAACCCUCAGGCGGAGCUACAUGAAUUUGCUUCUGCUGAGCUUGGCCAUUUGCGACGCUGCAAUGGCCGUGAUAGUAACGCCUGGUUAUGCCACCUUUUGCACUGGUUGCUCUUACAACUUGAGUAAAUUUUGUUGGUUUUUCGAUGGUGGCAAAGAUGUGUGCCUCCUCACGUCCACAUUCAAUUUACUUGCCAUCUCAUACGACAGAUAUCUGGCCAUCUUUCAGCCACUCAAAUACCAGGUCAAAAUGUCGCGAAGAAAACUCCGUGUGAUUUUAUCGGUUGUGUGGCUCACUCCACUGUUUCUCGCCUCGCUCAGGAACAUUUGGUCCCACACUCGGCCGGAGAACGUUGUAGAGAAGCUCAACAGAACUUAUUCAUACAUCUUACUCAUCGUCUUUGUCAUACUUCCGAUAGUAAUCGUGUCCGUUAUAAACAUAACAAUUUUGAUCGCCAUCAAAAAACAAAGACAAAAGGUAACAGUGCUCAACAGGACCAGUUGUGGAGUCUGGUGGAAAAAGCAAACUCGUAUGCAGUAUCUUCAUUUACGAAAAGGAACUCUUUCUUGUGUUUUAAUAGUUGUUAUUUUCGUAGCCUGUUGGUUACCCAGAACAGUUUAUUACGCUUUUUAUCUCUUCAACCAUCCAGAAUUAGUAACUCCUAUCCUCCGAAAAAUUUCCGUGACUUUUCUUUUAUUGCAAUCAUCCAUGAAUCCUCUAAUAUACUGUUUUUAUCGAAAGGAGUUUCGACAAGCUUUCAAAACUUUAAUUAAAUGUGCGUAG